AUGGACGAGCUUUUAGCUUCACGCGAUGCAAGCUCUCAAAAUGAGAAGCAAGACAUCGAUGAUGCUUCAUUUCUGACUGCUCAAGAAAACCUUACUAUGAACAGGUCUUUUUUAACCGAUGAUGAUUCUUUCAUCACUGUGAAGUCCGAUAUCUCGGAUACGAGCAGGGAUAAUUCAUACGAGCUGCUUCAUCAUGAUUUGACAAUAACAGAAGAAUCCACAAAGGAAACCCAUGCAGAUAGUUUCCUAUCACCCACUGUACCUAUGAAUGCAGCAAAAGAAGCUAAGGAAAACGAGAUUACAAAUUUGAGAUACCAGCGCCCUUUACAGCAGGAUCUUGAUAACGUCAAGCUGGAUGGGAAUUCUGAAGCGAAUAGAAAGUAA